GAAUGGACAGAAGCAGACAAGCAACCAAAAGUAUCUAUAGUUUACAUAGUUUCACGCAUGUCGUAAGCAACAAAUACUGAAUUUAUUUUUCAAUCAUUCAGCGUGUAUGUCAUGUUUAUAAAUUUUGACUUCUUAAAUGCUAUCUACUUGUUAAAGAAAAACGAUUAUGAAAAAUGGUGAAAAAGUGCAAGUGAUGGUCUAAAAAGUGUUUUGUCAUAUAUUUUAAAACAACCACAUAUAAAAAUUGUAACGCACAUAAAAUAUUAAUUGAACAUCAAUUGUCAAAGCCAAAUUAUUCGCUUACAGUAUAUUGGUGAUUCAGAAAAGUCAGUGUACACAACAUAAUAGUGAAUAGGUUAUAAAAUCGGAUAUCUCUCAAUUUCUUUCAAUGGAAGUAUUUCUAUAAUUCAAAUUAAAAACUGCAGUAAUAAGCUUAAAAAAAUGACUCGAAAGUUGAGCAAAUUUAUUAUUCUUUUUGAUAAUACAAAUCUUUUAUAUUUUCCUGGUCAUUUUUUAUCUGGAAGAGUACUCAUUGAACUGGAUGACGAAACAUGUGUUUCAGGACUGCAUUUUCAUGUGAUUGGUGAAGGUGUCGUUCGAGUGAGAAGUCAACGAGCUGAGCGGGUAUACGAUAAAGAAAACUACAUUGAUUUUCGUAUGAGGCUUUUAGGUGACCCAGGAGAAAGUGCAUCAUUUCUAUCUCCUGGCAUACAUAGUUUUCCCUUUAAACUAGGUUUGCCACUUGGACUACCGUCAACUUUUCUUGGAAAACAUGGAUGGGUUCAAUACUACUGCAAAGCUGCUCUACGUGAACCUGGUGGCUUAACCCAUAAGAACCAACAAGUUUUUAUCGUAAUGAAUCCUAUAGAUCUAAAUCUUGAACCACCAAUACUAGCACAACCAGCUCGAUUAGAAGUAGAACAACGUGUUGGAGUUUCUUGUGUAUCAAGUGGACCAAUAUUCUGCAGAGUAAGCCUUGACCGUGGUGGUUACGUACCUGGAGAAACUAUUGGAAUUUCAGCAACUGUUAGCAAUCGAAGCAAGGUUACAAUGAAAUCCACCAAAGCAUCAUUGACAGAAACAAUUCAAUAUUUAUGCAGAGGUAAAAUUCUAGCCAGUGAAACAAGAGAACUUGCUAGCGUAUCUCGAGGAAAAAUUCGACCAGGUGAAGGUGAAGAAUGGUUGAAUGAACAAAUGUACGUGCCGCCUUUACCACCAACGAAUCUUCGAGGAUGUCAUUUGAUUAAUAUACUCUAUCAUGUUUAUUUUGUUAUAAGUCCAAAAGGUCUGGAUAAAGAGAUAAAGCUUCAAAUACCAAUCAUAUUAGCAACUUAUCCACUUCGACAAGAGGGGGGCUUGGUCUCAAGUGCUUCAUCCAAGAGAGGAGCUCAUUAUCCUUCUACAUUACCAAUUUUCAGGCCUUGGCUUGAUGAUAAGGCUCUUGAAGUCGAAGAAUAAUUUAUUAAUAUACUGGCCUAUUGAAUAUUAACAUACUAAUAUUUUUCAACUGGCAUUAGUCUCAUGAAACUCAAGUAAAACUUUUAGUCCAGUCGAUGCGCACGAAAAAAUGGUCAAAGAUCAUUUUUUCGGUGGGUAAAGAUCGAUUUUGAAAAAUUUUUUUUUCAAAAUACUAGAAAAAAUAUAAGGAAAAAAGUUACCAUAAAUUUGGAGGGUGAUCUUUUUUUUUUUAUAAAAAAAUUAGAUGUAAAAUGAAAUAUCUCUAAAAGUAUUGAGAAGUUAUCGAGACAAACUGGUAUCAUUGUUUUUGGGAUUUAAUAACGAACAAAAUGAAUUUUGAACGAAGUCUCUACGACGAAUAGUUGCUGAGAUAAAAAUUAUUAAAGCGCGAAAAACGAAAAAGCGCGUCAUUUCGUUCGCGCGCGGAUAAACAAAAGAGUGUAACUCGGCAGCAAAUCGAUAUUUUAACAAUUUUUUUUUAUUAUUCUCUUAGUAAAUCAUAUAUCAACCAUAAAAAAAUUUGGUAACUUCCAAAAAAAUUUUUUCGAAUUUUAAAUUUAAAAAAAGUAAAAAUCACUUUUUGUUAAAUAAAAAAUAGAAAAAAUGAAAAAUAAAUAAAAUGACCUAAUGGAUAAUUUUGUUUAAACCAUUACCCAAAUAAUUACGGGUAAUGACAGUUAAAAAAAAUUUUUUUUUCAUAAAAAAACCGGUUUUGAAAAUUUUUUAAAUUUAUCAACAAUUAAAAAAAAAAAAAAAGUUUUUUUUUGAUACGACAGAAAUUCAUCUCGCGAAAUUCUGAAUCGAGUGGUAUAUACGAAUUUUUGUCGAUUUUUCGAAAUUUUUCCUUUAUAAUUUUCAAUACAAGGACUUAUAAAAAUUUCUUGCUACGGGACUUUAAAAAAAUAGGACUUCGGAUAUCUUCGGGAAUUGCUAGAGAGAGAAAGUAGUCGUUAUCCGUUAGAAAACGACACUACGUCUUAUGCCUACUUUCUCUCUCUAGCAAUUCCCGAAGAUAUCCGAAGUCCUAUUUUUUUAAAGUCCCGUAGCAAGAAAUUUUUCUAAGUCCUUGUAUUGAAAAUUAUAAAGGAAAAAUUUCGAAAAAUCGACAAAAAUUCGUAUAUACCAUUCGAUUCAGAAUUUCGCGAGAUGAAUUUCUGUCGUAUCAAAAAAAAACUUUUUUUUUUUUUUUAAUUGUUGAUAAAUUUAAAAAAUUUUCAAAACCGGUUUUUUUAUGAAAAAAAAAUUUUUUUUAACUGUCAUUACCCGUAAUUAUUUGGGUAAUGGUUUAAACAAAAUUAUCCAUUAGGUCAUUUUAUUUAUUUUUCAUUUUUUCUAUUUUUUAUUUAACAAAAAGUGAUUUUUACUUUUUUUAAAUUUAAAAUUCGAAAAAAUUUUUUUGGAAGUUACCAAAUUUUUUUAUGGUUGAUAUAUGAUUUACUAAGAGAAUAAUAAAAAAAAAUUGUUAAAAUAUCGAUUUGCUGCCGAGUUACACUCUUUUGUUUAUCCGCGCGCGAACGAAAUGACGCGCUUUUUCGUUUUUCGCGCUUUAAUAAUUUUUAUCUCAGCAACUAUUCGUCGUAGAGACUUCGUUCAAAAUUCAUUUUGUUCGUUAUUAAAUCCCAAAAACAAUGAUACCAGUUUGUCUCGAUAACUUCUCAAUACUUUUAGAGAUAUUUCAUUUUACAUCUAAUUUUUUUAUAAAAAAAAAAAGAUCACCCUCCAAAUUUAUGGUAACUUUUUUCCUUAUAUUUUUUCUAGUAUUUUGAAAAAAAAAUUUUUCAAAAUCGAUCUUUACCCACCGAAAAAAUGAUCUUUGACCAUUUUUUCGUGCGCAUCGACUGGACUAUUUGUGUUUAUUCAUACCAUUAGCUAUUAUCAAAUGUAAUAAAACAUCAUCAGUUUUCGAAACAAAAAUUUUUCAGAAAAUAUAUUACAAUUUGAUGCAUCAAAAUCAGAUUAACAUUGGGAUAGCAUGUAAUAUUAUCAUCAAGGCAAAAUAACCAACACACUAAGUAUCCCAAAAAAUGAACGCUUAUACUUUUUUUUUUUAGUUAGAACUUUGUUAGUACGUUGUUAUUAACAUAUAGUUAUGUCAAUUUCUUUUUUUGUUUUUUAUUCUGUAGUUUAUUCCAUUACGUUAUUGUCGUUAUGAUAAUAUUACAAAGCACUACCUUUGGAUUGGAAGUAAUUUGGAACUUUUCAAAUAUUAAUUGUGUAGCCAUUUAAAGAAAUUAUUAGAGAUUGAUAUGAUGAGAAUAAAAAAUUUCGUUUUUUUGUUUUUGUAAAUUUCACUACCGAUUAAAAAUAAGUCAAAAACAACAUUUCAAUGAUUUAUGUAUUUCAAUAAAUUAACGCCAACAAACACUACAUCAAAUUUUUUUAGCAACAAAAAAAUUCUAGCUAUUUACAAUUAUAUUGUUAAUCUAAAAAUUUGUCUUCAACUUGUGAUAGAUCGAAUUUUAUCGACUAGUUGUACCGGCUCUUAGUGUGUGCUGUAAUUCACACAGAUUACCUGGGAAAAAAUUAUCAGACUUGAUCAUACAUGAUCAUGCGUUAAUCUCAUGCAUGAUGAUGCCUGAAUAUUGGCCAGCCAUGAUCGGGCCUGAGCAAGCACAAUUUCUAAAAUUAAUUUAAAAAAAUGAAAAUAAUGAUAAUUCGAUUUUAAAUUGACUCAUUUUGUUAGUAUUAUUGUAUAAUUAAUGUUUACUGACUGAAAAGUACUUUUGAAAAUUGACCCGUGACGGGUCUCAAACCCACGACCGUCAUGUUAUGAAGCACGUCCAGUGACCACUAGGCUGACCCAUUUUAUUCAGUUUACGACGAUUCUUGACAUCUUUUGAAUACAUAGGGUUGUAAAAAAAAAAAAUAUUAUUUGAAUCCAAUCUUGACUUGGUUAUUAAAUUUUUUUUGAAACAAUGGGGAGUUUAAAACCUGUUAGCUCAUAUGCUCUAUCCCGAGGUCAACCGAUUUAAAGUUUGAUUUGUUAACCUCUGUGCCGAAUCAACUAUUUAAGAUUGGAAGUUAUUUGUGUUUAUUUGAAUACCAAUGAACCAAUAAAUAAUUAAUUCUGUAAUUGGUAUUGUAUUCAAUUAUAUAGAACUUCAAAUAAUUAUAUAUAAUAAUAUUUAACUAUGUAUACAUUUUUUUUCCGGGCAUAAAUUAAUAACGUAUAUUAUUUGGUGCGAAUUACCGUAAUCCGGUAGUGUACGGUAAAUGAUAGACUUUGCGGUAACGCUACUUCAAUUUUAGAUAGUUUCCGAAAGAUUCUAAUUCAAAAUAUAAUACGGAAUUCCCGGGUAAAAGAAAUUGUAUAUGAGUAUAUAGAAUUGUAUAUAGUUUAAUAUAAUUAAAAAGGCCAUUCGGCAGCCGAAAUAGAAGUAGAUUUCUUAAUGAUUGCUUAUUUCAACCUCUCAAAUGAAAAUACCGACAAAUCCUGAUAAAGUACGAUAAGAAAUACAGUAUAGAGAAUAAAAUUAGGGAAAAAUAUGUAAAAUAGCUGUAUUAUUAUUACCAUCGUAUUAUUGUCAUCUUUGAUAUUAUUCGUGUUAUUGAUAUAUCAUAUGAUUUAUAUACUCUCAAUAAAACAAAAUUGAAUACAACCACUUGAAUGAAAAUCA